UUCUCUCUCUGUCACAUUUCAAUAUUUAACAACUCCUGGGAAAAGGAGCCUCGGGUUUUCUACACCAACUGCAAGCAGCCUGUUACGCGAUAUUAUUAUGUUAAUAUAUAUGUCUUUGUAUCUAUCAGGCUCGCAUUUAUAUUCAUUGUAUUUCCCUACCCAACCCUUCUCAGAACCCGCACUUCUCUUCUUCAGUUUCAGAUUUCAACACUCUGUUCUUGAUCGACGACAAACGAAGAAAACACACAGGUUCAUAUGCCGAAGCUUGUUCUUAAAGGAGGGAGCCGUCCGCCAUGGGUGGGGUUGGCAGCAGCUGUUUGGGUUCAGAUAUCUGCUGGCAAUGCUAUCAACUUUCCACUCUACUCUCCUGCCUUGAAAUCCGUGCUUGGAUUCAAUCAGCAGCAUCUCACCAUCCUCGGUGUCGCUAAUGAUAUUGGGGAGAAUGUGGGUUUGCUCCCUGGUGUUGCAUGCAACAAGUUUCCUCCAUGGGCUGUGCUUCUCGUCGGCUCUGUCGCUUGCUUCUUCGGCUAUGGUGUCCUCUGGCUCGCCGUUAGCCAGACUGUUCAGGGUUUGCCUUAUUGGGUGUUAUGGCUUGCACUUGUUCUUGCUGCCAAUAGCAAUGCAUGGUUUAGCACUGCAGUUUUAGUAACUAACAUGAGGAACUUCCCCCUCAGUAGGGGAACUGUUGCGGGUAUCCUCAAAGGCUAUGUUGGAAUCAGUGCUGCAGUAUAUACAGUGGUAUAUAAUUUGAUACUAGACCAAUCUACUCCUGAUCUUCUUUUGUUCCUUGCUCUUGGACUUCCAAUAAUAUGUUCAUCUAUGAUGUUCUUCAUUCGGCCUUGUACCCCAGCUUCCGGUGAAGACUCUUCUGUGCAUGUCCAUUUUGUUUUUGCCCAAGCUGCAAGUAUUUUGCUUGCCUGCUAUCUUCUUGUAACCACGGUAAUAAGUCGGAGGGUUUCACUGAAUGAUGAGACUUCCUACAUACUAAUUGCUGGGAUGAUUAUAAUCUUGAUGGCUCCACUGGCAAUUCCAAUCAAAAUGACACUUUUCCCUGCCAGUACCAAGAAACUUAGCCCACAAGCAGGUUCUUCAGAGAAUGUGGCUCAUGUCGAAAGUGAUUCAACCCAAACAGAUCCAUUAUUGGCUCCGUCAUCAUCAGCUUCACAUCUCGGAAGUUUCUCUGAGAAUGAGUAUGCCUCAGAUGUGGAAACACUUCUUGCUGAGGGGGAGGGAGCAGUAAAGAAGAAAAAGAGACCGAGGAGGGGAGAAGAUUUCAAGUUUACUGAGGCUUUUAUCAAGGCCGACUUUUGGCUUCUGUGGCUGAUAUAUUUUCUUGGGGCUGGUUCUGGAGUGACUGUUCUCAACAACUUGGCUCAAAUUGGGGCUGCAUUUGGUGUUGAAGAUACAACAAUAUUGUUGUGUCUAUUCAGCUUUUUCAAUUUCCUUGGUCGUCUUGGCUCGGGUGCUAUUUCUGAACACUUUAUCAGGUCAAGGACAAUUCCUCGAACAUUCUGGAUAAUAUUGAGUCAACUUAUUAUGGUCGUAACUUUCCUUUUGUAUGCUUUAGCUCUCAGUGGUACUCUUUACGCUGCAACUGCACUGCUUGGAGUUGGCACUGGGUUUCUCUACUUGGCAAUUCCUACAGUCUCUGAGCUCUUUGGCUUGAAACAUUUUGGAAUCAUUUAUAAUUUCAUACUUCUGGGAAAUCCUGCUGGUGCUAUGCUUUUCUCGGGACUGCUUGCUGCUCAUGUAUAUGAUGCAGAAGCUUCAAGGCAGGGAAGGUCCAUCUGCUUGGGUCCUGAUUGCUUCAGGUUAACAUUCUUGAUUCUAGCGGGUGUUAACAUGCUAGUUGCAGUCUUGAGCAUAAUUUUGACAGUUAGAAUACGCCCAGUUUAUAAGUCACUCUAUGCUUCGGGUUCUUUUCUUCUGCCUCAAUCUUCAAAUCAUUGAUUUUGGAAGUGACAAAAACCUAGGCAUGCCCAUUUUAUAGUGGUUUGCUCUGGCAAUGUAUUGUUCCAGGUUUUGCUACAUGUUAUAUGUGGUGCUGAUUUAGGCCAGUUCUGAUGUCUCCUACUUCGAAUGUAGUGGUUAAUAUUUUAGCUGCUGCUGUUAUAGGCCAUUGCUUAAAUACAAAAUGAGUUUGAGAUGACUUAUUUGAUGAAAUGAAGAGGAUUUACUGU